UAUGUCGUAUAAAGAGGUUGCGACAUGAUUGGCUCAGUUUCCUGCUUCUACAUGGACGCUGUUUGUCUCGCUUAUAUGGACACAGUAAACGAAAUGUUUCACGUUCAAUUUCGCGCGAAGAUAUCGCUCGACCACUUGAUACAUCGAAGAAACAGGACUGUAAAAUCGUUAUCGGUGCGCAUACAGCGGAAAAUGAUAACCUGAAACUGAACCCCCUUCGAAUCUCUGUCUACACAACUAUCGCGGCGAUAAGUUAAGGUUAUGUUUAUAUCCGCGAGAGAGCCCGUGCGAAGAGAAUGAUAGCGACCGUGCUUUGAGCGCAGUUUCGGACCGAUCUCCGCGUCAUGGAGUCGCUGUUUCGUAACUUUAAGCUAGACAAUCUGGACGAUGACUGGAUCAGGUCGGUCUGGGACGCCGAGUUCAUGAUGUACGACAAACUGCCUGACGAGUACGCCGAGUACCUGGAGAGCGACGACGCGAGGCUGCUGCUGCACGAGUCGUAUCUCGGCCUGAAAGCGUGGAUCGCAACGAACGAGCGUAAGCAGGAGGAAUCCGAAACGGAAUUCUCGUGGCAGACUCUGAUGAUACAAAACAUCAAUAUACGCGGUUUGCUUGCCACACUGGGUUACAUAAUGAAGUGCGGUCAGCGCGCUGAUACCGACGAGGCCUCCAGGCAGGCGUGUCUUAAGGCUACAAGUUUGUAUCUCGUACUGCUCGCUGUGCCUGGCAGCAACGCAUUUGGAAUUUAUCAUCCAAACUUGUAUCGGAAGGCGAUUGAAACGUUGAAACUGUCGGAACACUUCUUUCCCGCCGACGUGAAGAACAACAGAGAGAUGGACGCGACAAGUAACAGUAAUGACGACGAAUUCUCCGAGCCCUGUGUGCUGCCGCACGCCGAAAAGCUGAAGCUUACGCAAGGAUUGAACACAAUCAUCUCUGAUCUCAUAACAAUGUUGAAGUCUUUCCGGUUUAAGGAGCACGCUGAGUCCCUAAACAUCACGAUACGCAUAUUAUUGGAUGUAACAAGAUUGAAGAUGCACGUUAAGUUUCAGGAUAAUUAUAAAAUAACAGCGCUGUCGCAGAGCGCGUUUGCGGCUCUGCGAGAGCUGUGCAACAACAACCACGGAACCGUCAAAUGGACGAUAAUGUUGAUUGUGCAGUGCACGAUGUCGGAUCUGUUUCAUAACACAAACGCGCAGCCCAAGUCCAUCACCAUCUUCCACGAGGCGAUAAUAUAUUUUUUGAAGGGUCUGUUGGAGAUACACGAGCGGGAGACCACACACGGAAUCGUGAUUUUGAUUCAUCAGUUGAUGGUGAAAUGCCCGGAGAGGCUGGAGGGCCGCCAGAAGCAGGCGGCAGUUUUGAUAAAAUUGCUGAACAUAUGCAACGAAACGGUGUUCGCGACCGUUUUCCAGGAUUUGAUACUGUUUUCGUACAACGGUAAGAUAUCUUACAGGCUGUUCGCGCAGGAAAUCAUCGGCAGGCUGCUGACAGAAUCGCCGCUGUCGAGCGAGGAUUUGAGCGCGGACACGAAAGCGAAGACGAGAAGAGUCUUGCUGGCCGUCGUGUCGUCGCGCUGCAUGGAUCGCUCGCCGUUGGUGCGUGGGAAAGCCAUGACGACGCUCGCUGCGUUCUCCGACUGCGGCAGCGAGGCCGACAAGGGUAUCCUGAAGAACAUAUUUGCAGUUUCAGCCGCGGACAAGAAGUUUCCCGGGCUCAACGAGCUGAAGGACGCGAUGCAGGCGGACGCGGAUCCGCUGCCGGGCUCGAGCACUCUGAUCGCGAUGCUGCUGGAGAGAGUGAACGACGAGCGCGCCCUGGUGCGACGAAGCGCUCUCAAGAUCCUGAGGAACCUGUCCAUCAUGUUCCCGUCGCUCGUCAGCAAGACGACGCACGUGAUGAGCGAUCGUUGCAGGGAUCUUACGUUGACCGUGCGCCAGUUCGCGGUGCACGUGUUUUCGGAGCUGCUGGAGCAGUUCCCUCACGACUCCAGCCUUCUCGACGAGUGGAUACAAGCCGUCGUGCCGCAGAUCUACGACAUCGAGGCCAAGGUGCAGGAAAAGGUGCUGGAGUGCCUGCAGAGCGUGGUGCUGAACCGAAUAACGAGCGCCUCUUCGUACGUCUCGGACGCGGCCAACAGCCUGCCGUGGCGAGUUCUGAACAAGCUAAGCAGCAUGAGAAUGAGGAAGCAUCUGUCGAAGGCCUGCAGUCUGUGGGUGAAGAACGGCGUGGUCGGCAGCUCUCUGAUAUCGAGACUGCAGUCGCACAUCGGCACGGAUAACACCGUGGGCGCGUGGAUACUGCUGGCGGCAGUGGCCCAGAAUAUGAAAAUACCGAACAUCAGCAAGUACAUAGCGGAUUACAAGGAGGUCAUCCAGAAGAACGAUUUUCACGCGAGCCUGGUGCUGGACGUUCUGAGGCACACCUGGUCCGUUCUGGAUCGCGGCUGUCUCGAGGAUCUCCAUCGGCAUCUCUACGAGCGCGUCCGCCGUUUCGAGAUCAACUUCAAUCUGAUCAGCGUCUGCCUGGACAUCCUGAGUGGCGUGCUGCGGCACCUGCACGGCGAGGAGAGCGGCCGUUUAAUAGAGUCGAACAUGACGGAGCUGAUGAGGCUGUCGGAGGCGGAGAUCCGGGACUUGCUGGAGGACGAGGACGGCGCGCAGCACGCGUUCAAGACGCGGGCGAUCUUCACGCUUGGCCACGCGUCGCUUCUGUGCACCAGCCGGGUCUCGUCGUCGACUCUGCGCACGCUGGAGCGGCUGCUGCUACAGCGGGACGCGCUGCCGAUCACGAGGGAGAUGCGCGAUCUGCAGGCGGCCGCGGUGAUCCUGCUGUGCCAGCAGGCGCUGCGGGACCGCGAGAUCGCGCAGGAGGUGACGCCGAUAUUCGGCAGUCUGAUGCGCCGCGAGACGAAUCCGGACUCGCCGGCGGAGAUCGCCGUGAAGGUGAACGCCGCCAAGGCGCUCGCCGACAUCUGCGUGCGGUUCACCGCCCUGGUGGAGCCGUAUCUGCCGGACAUGUGCGUCAGCAUGAAGGACUCGAACCCGGCCGUGAGGGAGGCCAUAAUUGUGAUAUUCAUCCAGCUGCUGCUGGAGGACUUCAUCAAGCUCAAGGGCCCGUUCUUCUUUCACAUACUGACGAUGCUGUCGGACGCGAACGCCAUGAUACGCGAGCUGACGAUCUUUCUGGUGGAGGAGCGGCUGCUGGCGAAGAACAAGACCCUCAUCUCCCAGCAGUUCCUCGAGAGCAUCUACCACUACAAUAAUUAUCAGUCGCGGAACGCGUUCUGCGGCCACAGGAUGCACGAGCGCGAGAGGAUGCUGCUGACGCUGCCCGGGCGGGCGAAUCAGGCCAAGCGCAACGUCAUCUACGAGUUUAUGCUGGAGCACUUGGACGCGCCCGCGAGAUUUCAGCUGCUCGUCAAACUGACCAAGUACAUACUCCGCGAGAUGUGCAUCGGCGACUCCAUCGACGUCACGACGGACGAGGGGGCGUGCGUCCUGAGAGACACGAUGUUCAUAAUCGGUAACAGCCGCUUGCAGCUGUCGUCGUUCAGCGAGAGACACAAGGACGACACGUCGGAACUCGACGAGACGACGCCGCCGCCGCCCUCGGGCGCGCACAGUAACAACGCGGCGAACGCCGUUGUGGCGGCGAUGAAGAAGCACAAUUCGGAUCAUUUGUUGCCGAUGUUGAUUACGCUCAAGAAGAAAUUGGCCGCCUUGAAGUCUCCCUUGGAAGAUGACGUGGAAAGUCAGUUAUUCAAGACGUACUCGGAAUGCGACAAGGAUCAUUUGUUCAAUUUAUUCAACGAGUAUCCUGAACUGGAGAAAGAAAUGGAUUCUUAUCAACGGAGGCAGAAAGAUAAGAGCAUUUCGGAGAACGACGAUGGUGUCGUUUCGUCACCAGUCAGAAAUCAGGAUUCGUUAUUGCAUCUGUGCAAUCGCAAGACUCCCCGGAUCCUGCUCCGUCGUCUCUCAUCCUCGAUGAUCUCGCAUUACAAGAACGAUGGAUCCGUUCCGAGCGACAAACCAGAUUCCUCCGAAUCGAUCACAGCGUUUCACGAUGCAAGCCCAUCGGAGCAUCUGGAAAGGAUGCUGCAGACGCCGCCUCCGGAGCCGAAUUUCAGCGCCAGCGGCAAGAUCUCCCAGGUUCCACUCCGCCGUCUCUCGCGCGAGAGUCCGUCGGCGCAUCCGGAAAGGGUGCCGCCGAUAUCGACUCGAGUUUUCAAUCCCGACGACGCGUCUGCUCGAAGCGCACGAAGCAUGAAGAGGCCGUCGAGUGAGCGCGAAGUUUCGCCGGACAUUCCUCGCAAAGUAUCGCGGAGCAGCGUGAGUCGAUGCUGAUCCCGAAAUGGAAAUUCCGUAAACGAAUUCCGAAUGUACAAAUCUACCUACCUCGUAACAUUCGUUGCACGCGAAAAGCCGUCUGCGAGAUCGUGCACGUGCGAGUCUCCAGCUCCCUUUGUAUGUCUGCGAAUACGUAGAAAUACGUAGGUUAGUAUAAAUUCAUGGAUUUGGGUAUCGCCGUUUACCUUUGUU